UUUAUUCAACCACCACCAUCUCACUUCCACCACUCUCUCUGUUUUUUGCUCUGUUUCUGCUCUGUUUUUCGCUCUGCAUUUUCACAUACAGCCUCACUCGAGAAGCGCCGUCGAGCUUAGCCUCGCGACGGGUGGUUCCUUGAAGAUGGAGAACAACCAGCAGUCCUUCUGGCAGUUCAGCGACCAGCUCCGCCUCGCCAACCUCUCCCUCAACGACUCCAUCUGGGGCAACGACUUCGCCGCCUCCAAGCUCCCCGACGAGCGCCGCAACUUCGACUCCCGGGUCGGAGGCAAGGUCGCCCCCGCCCCCGCCCCCGCCCGCGCCAACUACAACCACCACGACAACAACAGCAACAACAACAACAACGAUUCCAACAUGGGCAUCAGCGCCGUCUACAAUCCCCUGAGGAAUCCGGUCAACGGCGGCUGGAACGCGGCUGGCGCCGUGGCCAAGAACCCGACCCAGCUCGACGACCCGCUCGGCCUGCCCGACGACGUCGUCUCGGGCGACUUCAACGGGUUCAACUUCGCGUGGAAGCUCGGGGGGUCCGGCGCGGGCGCGGGAGCCGGCGCGAACCUGAACGACCUGAACCGUUUCGACGACGGAUGGAAGGUCGGGGGGUCGCGGGUCAACGCCCCCAUGAACGGCGGGUACAGCAAGGCGGCGAUUUACGGGGAGCAGCAGCCGCUGGGUUACCCGUUCAUCGGCAAUUUCGCGAGCAUGAAGGGAGGGAAGCCCAAGAUGGAGGGCGGCGAGCACGGGGGCAAGCUGGGGAAGAAGAGCGGGGGCGGAUACAGGAAGAACGACAACAGCAGCAACGGCCACGGCUCCGAAGGUAGAGAGGGCAAGAGCGACAAGAGGUUCAAGACGCUCCCGCCAUCGGAGUCGCUUCCGAGGAACGAAGCCGUGGGCGGGUACAUCUUCGUGUGCAACAACGACACCAUGCACGAGAAUCUCCAGAGGGAGCUCUUCGGCUUGCCUCCAAGGUACAGAGAUUCUGUGAGGCAGAUAACGCCGGGGCUUCCUCUGUUUCUGUACAAUUACUCCACCCACCAGCUCCAUGGCAUCUUCGAGGCUGCUAGUUUUGGAGGGACUAACAUAGACCCGACAGCCUGGGAGGACAAGAAAUGCCCUGGCGAAUCGCGCUUCCCCGCUCAGGUUCGAGUGAUCACGAGGAAAGUUUGCAACCCGUUGGAAGAGGACUCGUUCCGCCCGGUCCUUCACCACUACGACGGGCCCAAGUUCCGUCUGGAACUGAAUGUGCCCGAGGCACUGUCUCUCUUGGAUAUAUUCUUGGACCAAGAACCUUGAAAACACUGACGAACGAGGAGGCGGAGGCUUGAAGAUACAGGAGCUUAUGCAAAGAAUUUAGGAAACAGAUAGUGUCAUACCUAUGGAGACGAGGGGGGAUGAUAUAUUUAGUCAUGUUAGGAAAAAUCUUACAGAAGUAUAAAAGCUUGUCUUGAUCUAUGGGAUUGUAAAUUUUUGUGAGGGCGGGGUUUGUUUUCUGAUUCUGCUCGUUGCUCCCUCAGUUUGGAUGAUGUAUUAUAGGAAACAUUGAUCAGAAUUUGCAAAACAGACUUGUGAAGGCUAAAAUGAGAAAUACUCAUUUGGUUUAACUCGUAAA